AUGUCAACCACCUGCGGCCACUCGUCUACCUACGUCGAUUGUAGCAGAGCUGCAGCGAAUUCAGGAUUCGUGCGACCAUCUCCGGAGGAGAGGACCCUGGCCAUGGCUAAGACUGGCAGACUGGCCAGGGGGGCAUACCUCUCCAAGGAGGAUGCUGCAGAUAACGAAUACAGCUUUCCUGGACCGUUGGUGUUGCCGGGAGAUCACCUCACCGAGCAGCCAGAAGAGCACGGCCAGUCUUUUAAGGACUGGUUCGAGAUGGAAGCCACCCAGCAGCGAAAUGGGAUAAUCUCCCGUCGAAACAAACUCUAUGUCGUCAUACCUCCAAGCAUGACACGUCCGUCUGAGGAGAUGAGAGACUGGAAUAAGCCUGUCCUGCCACCAGACUCUCCCCCCGGUACAGAGAGAUGGAAUUCCACGCUGAAGAUGUUCAAACAACUGAUCGUUUAUCUCCGCGCAUUUUACAACACGAUGCAAAUCACCCAGUACCCAAAAAAGAUCUCCUUUCUACCUAUUGAACAGCGCAAGCGAGUUCAUUUCGUCGACACUCCACAAACACAAGUCAUCGGCCUUAAGACUCGAGAUAGGCGAAAGCCCUUUGAGAUUCGGUACCGCCCAUCACCAGAUGGCGUUUCAAAGAUACAACUUAAUGUCUCUGACUUGAGGGAUGCGCUCAUGCGUAGUAUACCCUCAACUGUCCAUUCGUUUGUCAUGAUAGUCGACCAUGACAUGUACGAAGAUGGCGAGGGAGCCUAUGUUACAGCCAGAGCAUGGACCUCAGAUGGAGUCGCAACUGUGUCUAUAUUUCGCUACAACCCAUCUUUAGAUGGGUUGGCAGGCAUCGACCCAUUGCAUAGGUGGCCAGCGAGCCACUGUAAGGCCAACGUGGAUGAGAGGUUCCGAGUCCUAAAUAAGACCAAAGGCUGGAAGAAGAGGAACCGCCUCUCUUCCAAGGCCUUUGGGAAACCUCCCGUCAAGUCUGCGCUUGAUCUUGCGAUCCAAGCUGCCAAGCAAGCUGGGCAGCCAUCAACAAGGGAGGAACUCUCGAACCAAUGGUUUGCACGAGUUGUCUUUGCUGUUUCUCGGGAAGCGACUCAUUGUUUUGGGUUAGGCAAUUGCACCUAUUACUCAUGUCUGAUGCAGGGUUCGAAGCUCGGGUGGGAGCUGGUCCUUCUGCAGCAUGGGUUUGAAGGCGGAAUCGAAAGAGAGAAGACCUGGCUGGAGGCCCAAUACGCUGCAUUGAAGGCGUUUUGCAACAAGUGGAACAAGAUCCCCCAGUUCGCCGCGUUUGUGGCAUGGCUGGAAAAGCGACUCGAGGAUCGCAAGGCGUCAGUCAUUGAUUGGCCAAAGACCAUCCGAGACAUGGUCGAUAUACAUAGAGAGCCUGCAUACAACAGCGGCAAUCAAAGAAAACCCCCAGAUACUCCCGGGAAUAACGUCGAACCCAUCGAUCAACACAGUUUUACCUCCAAAAAAAUCCUCCAUCAAAAGUUCUUUAUCCCAACUUCCUCAUCGGGAAUACUUUUAGCAACCGUUAUCUCAACCGGGUCCGGCUUCGGCUUCGGCGCCGAUGUCGUGCUACCGACUCCAUUAUGUCUUUAUUCCCCACCCAUUUCACCUUACAAAUCCUCCCUCUCAAACCUCGACAUCUCCAAUUCUGCACCAAAUAUCUUCAAAAUGGUGCGUAAGUCUCUCGCGGUCUUGGCGACUGUAGCUGGAGCUUCAGGCUUCACCCUCGGUCCUUUCGGAACUCAAAAGCCCAUUGGCCAAAAUGAGCAUGACUUCAAGUGCGAUUUGCCGCCUGUGCUCUCACCCGGAAACGAUGGUCUCCCUUCCGCCAGUGAACUAUUUGACUCAAAAGAUGCUUUUAAUAAGCAAGUGAAGCGUCAUCAAGCGAUUGUGCGCGUUCCGUCAAUUUGUUACGAUGAUCUAGGUGAUGUGGAUAAAGACGAACGUUGGGCGCCUUUCUACGAUUUACAUGAUGUCCUGGCAAAGACGUACCCAGCCAUACAUAAAUAUGCGAAGCUGGAGAAGAUUAAUAAGUUUGGUCUUGUUUACACAUUUACUGGAAGCGACGCUUCGCUCAAGCCUUAUCUUCUUGCAGCCCACCAAGAUGUUGUUCCCGUACCUGAUCCAUCGACUUGGACGCAUCCGCCUUUCGACGCUUACUUUGAUGGAGAGUGGCUUUGGGGACGUGGAGCAUCGGAUGAUAAGAACAGUCUUACAGCUCUCAUGUCAGCCAUUGAGACGUUGCUCACUGAGACGAAAUGGCAACCGAAGCGUACUGUGAUCCUGGCGUUUGGAUUUGAUGAGGAGUGCUCUGGUCCUCGAGGCGCUGCUAAGAUCGGAGAGUUCCUAACGGAGAGAUAUGGCGACAACGGUAUCCCGUUCAUUUUGGACGAGGGUGGUUCGGGUAUUCAGCUUAUUGACGAUACCCUCUACGUUCUCCCCUCGGUGCAGGAGAAGGGCGCCAUCGAUAUCUGGGCUGAACUUCGCGUGAAGGGCGGCCACAGCUCCAUUCCUCAUCCUCACACAGGAAUCGGUAUCAUGGCCGAGAUCAUCUCUGCUCUUGAAUCCAAGCCCUACGAACCUGCCAUCCUCAAGGGAAGCCCUGUCUACAACCAUCUUGUCUGCUUGGCACGCCAUUCCCCGGAUUCUCACACCAAGCUUCAUGAUCUUCUGAAGAAGGAUGAUCUGGAGAAGCUGAAAGAUGAGCUUCUUCAUCUUGAUCCCAUGGCCAAAUUCACUAUUCAGACGACACAAGCGGUCGAUAUUAUUCGAGGCGGUCAGAAGAUCAACGCCAUGCCAGAAGUUGUCAGUCUUGGUGUCAACUACCGUGUUGCACCCCAAGACAGUCUUGACAAGGUACAGGAGCAGUUCGUAAAGAACAUUGAUGCCGUUGUUCAAAAGUACAAUCUUACCCUGAGCGCCUACGAGGAUGACGCAAAGUCUCAAAACAUCAAACCUGGAUUUGACUACGAUGGUCAUCUUAAACUCACAGCGUUCCGCAACUCAGUCACAACGCCCGUAUCACCUACCAGCGGCCCAAUCUGGGAUAUUUUCUCCGGAACAAUCCAGCAUAGCUUUGCCUUUGACGGCGGAAAGGUUGUACCUGUUGGUGAAAUCAUGACUGGUAACACCGACACGAGACAUUACCUGAACUUGUCACCAAACAUUUACCGCUGGACACCGAGUCGACAGCGCGGUUCAGAGAACAUUCACACAGUCGACGAGAGGAUCAGGAUUGAGUCGCACGUGGACAUUGUCAAGUUUUACUACGACUUGAUCCGCAACUUUGACGCAGCCGAUUUCUAG